CGUAAUACGCGGUCACCAACGAAGAAGCUGUAAUUUCCUGUGCGACACAACGUCACGUCUGCUUUGUCGAUAGUGAACGUAGGAGUGCAAUGGCGGCGUCCCGGGCAUCUUCGUCGAAAUGUUUUUUCACCCGGGAGCAACUCGAUAACACGCCGUCUCGCCGAUGUGGCGUAGAGCCGGACCGGGAGCUCUCCUACCGACAGCAAGCGGCUAAUCUGAUCCAAGAUAUGGGUCAGAGACUGAACGUCUCUCAAUUAACAAUAAAUACAGCAAUUGUUUACAUGCAUAGAUUUUAUAUGCACCACUCUUUCACCAGAUUCCAUAGAAAUAUAAUAUCUCCUACCACUUUAUUCUUGGCUGCAAAAGUGGAAGAGCAACCUCGGAAACUCGAACAUGUGAUCAAAGUUGCCCAUGCUUGUCUAAAUCCCCAAGAAUCACCUCAAGACACAAAAAGCAAUGCAUACCUCCAGCAAGCUCAAGAGCUGGUGAUACUUGAAUCCAUAGUGCUGCAAACCCUGGGCUUUGAAAUUACUAUUGAGCACCCACACACUGAUGUGGUGAAAUGUUCCCAGCUAGUGCGAGCAAGCAAGGAUUUGGCACAGACUUCCUAUUUCAUGGCUACCAACAGUUUGCAUCUCACUACCUUCUGCCUCCAGUACAAGCCUACAGUGAUUGCCUGUGUGUGUAUUCACCUGGCAUGUAAGUGGUCCAACUGGGAGAUCCCAGUUUCCACUGAUGGGAAACACUGGUGGGAGUAUGUGGACAGCUCUGUCACUCUGGAGCUGCUUGAUGAGUUGACCCAUGAAUUUCUGCAGAUUCUGGAAAAGACGCCCAGCCGGUUAAAGAGGAUCCGCAACUGGAGGGCAACACAAGCGGCCAGAAAGCCCAAGUCUGAGAGCACCCAGUUGAUGGACAACUCUUUCGCUGGACCUUCCAUGCUCCAAGGUGAUGUGUCACUUCCUGGAGUCGCCGUCUCCAACCCAAGUUUUUCCAAAUCAGGUGCCACUUUCACAGUGCCCGUGCCUGGCCAGUCUGGAGGUGCACCCCUUUGUCUGGACACUAUGUCUGGCACAUACAAUCCACCUAGCCACAGUGAGUGGCCCCAGGGCAACCAGAGUCAAGCAGGGUACACUUCAAGCUGCUUAAAACAGGACCCCCUCAGCAUCCCUCACCAAGAGCCAACACUGUCCUUGCAGACUUCCAGUUCCUCUUUGCUUCAGCAUCCUCCUGUUUGCAGGACUGAGAAAACAGUAGACCUCAACUUAGUUAAACAAGAGCAAAAAGGAUCUGGUGUAGGUGGAGGCAAACAUCAGCCACCACCUCAGUCUGCCUACCCUCCCCCAGUUCAGCCUCCUCCAUCACAACCUUCUCCAGCUCAGAAACUGUCUCUGGACAAAUACAGAGAGAAGCAUGCUGCAGAGCUCACUGUCUCUGUGCAGAAAUGCAGGCAGGAGCAGCAUGGAGGAGUAAUGGAUUCCGAUGUGGGGGGAGGGAUGUCGUCUUCCUCCUCUUCUACCUAUGCAGCAUUGUCUAUGAGCCAAGUAGACAAUAGAAAACAUUCACAGCCCCUCCAGGCACCCCAGGGUGGUGGUGGCAGCGGCAGCUCCACUGUCUCCCCAAUGAAAACAAAACUUUCUUCCUCCUCAACUUCAGGGCAAGACAGAUAUUAUCAGAGUGACAAACGGGACAAAGACCCGCUUAAAGUCCGACUGGCCGUUCCUGGGUCUGGCAGCAGCACUCAGCCAGGUAAAAGUGGACAGUCCAGCAAAGACGAGCUUAAGAUGAAGAUAAAAGUUUCAUCAUCAGAGCGUCACAGCUCGUCAGACGAAGCCAAUAACAACAAGACCAAACAUUCCAGCCCCCUGGUGAACAAGGAGAAACAGCAUCGUGGAGCGGAGCACAACCUCCAUCGCCACCACAAGCACAGUCACCCUCACGCACACAUGCACAGUGGCAAUGGACGAGGAGGCACAGAGGGCCCAGGUGGUGGGGUAAGCCAGCUACGGGGUCCUCCAGGACUGGUUAGCAUGGAGGAGGCAACUCUGGCUCCUCCUGGAUCCACUUCUUUGGCUUCAACCUUGUCGCGCAAGAGGACGCACCCUGAGACCAGUCACAACCACCACACUCCCUCCUCAUCCUCCACUUCUUGCUUGAAAGUGAAUAAAAUCUCCAAGGGUGACAGUGCUGCUGCAGGUGGGCUGCGGACCUCUCAGCAGUUCCUUCCUCCUAGUGAAUCGCCACACGAAGUGGGAGAGCAGAGACACUGAGUCCAUUACUUUGCAGCCAUGGCCAGCAUGUGGAAAUGGCAACAAGUUGAGACUUUGAAGACUCUGCUCACAUCCUUGUUAAGUGCCCUAGGAAAACAACUCUGAUUAUAAACCCUUUAUUCACAGGCAGAAAAACGUAUCUGCAAAAACAUGAAAGGUAGUGUCGGACUUAACAGUGUCUAAGAGACAAGAAAGAUGAAAACUUAUGCUUCCUGACUGUCACGUCUUUGGGCUGGGUUGCUCGGUGUUGUCUUUCUGUUAAUGUGUCAAGUUGCUGCUUGGUUCUCUUUCCUCUUCCAAUGGGUCUCAGAAUGUGCAAAGGUGGGUGCGUGUGUAUAUCAUCAGGAAUGGGUUGUGUGUGUGUGUGUUUCCAUUGGGGGGGGUCCUACAUUUUAUAUCCCCAUAUGGGGGGGAAAGUGAGAAAGUACUACAAGUAUUAUAAAAGGCAUGAAAGGUGCACUUGUUUCAUUUUCUGCCUUUAUUUUUUUAUGAGAAGUUUAAUAGAAUCACAUUUCCACCACUGGAGUUGUUAUGUUUGCCUGCAUUCCGUGUAGGGUUAUAAUGGACGCAUUUUUUUUUUUUAGGUGUAAGUUUCAUCUCCUCAGUUACUCUCGUCUCAAUUUCUUUUUAUACUUCAGUACUGUGCGUAUGAUUUGCAUGUUUCAAUCAUCAAGGGGAUUUAAAAGAAGAGCGCUUUCUUGCUGUUUACAGGAAGUAGACAUAAGUGUACAUACGUUUUUGUAUGUUUAAAGAAGAAAAGUUAUACCAUGACUACUCAGGUUUGGAGCUGCUUAUAAGUAUAACAAAAUAACUGUAAUAACUAUAAAAGACUUAUUUUGUUGACCUGCCAUUGGUCGUCAUCUGGUGAGUGUUCCACUGGCGUGCGCUUCUGACAGCCUUCCUACAGAGGGUGCUUAACCUGUGCUUUCCAGUCACAGGGAAUAUCAUUUGGCAUCCUCAGCGACACCGGCACAUCUGACACCAACUUAUUACAUCGGAGCGAUGCAGUUUGUACCAAAAAUGUAUUUUCUUUGAUCUCCUAAGUAGACCAUAAGCUGGAUGCCAAAGGGUGAGCCUCAAAAAGGAAAAAAGAAAGGACAGUAGAAGUGUGCUAUUAUCUUUUACAUAAUCCUUUUUAUUUUGAUGUACAAACAUAAUUUCAUAACAUGAAGCUGUAGCCCUUUAGAUAUCAGUCCAUAAAGGAGGCACAUGUAUUAUUCAAUCAGCCAUUGAAAUGGUACCAUUAAGAAGAAGAAUAAAAAAAUAAAAAAAAAACUUGUUGGCACUUUUCUAAUCAAGAAUAGUGACUAAUAGUCUAUAUGUAAGAUGACCCACUGGAUAUGUUGGAAACUAGAUGAAUUUACACUGUGGGCGUGCUUGAUACAGUAGGUCCUGUUCACUGGCAUUGUCAUCUGAUUGGUUGAAUUUCCUUUUACAGUUGUGUGCCAGUCCGGUCACAUCUUUACAUCAGUUUCAAACAUUAAACUUUAUGUUCUAAAAUCUU